AUGGUGCAGCAGACCGAUAUGCAGGUAGACUUGGUCAGAACUGCCGAAGUCGCCAAUUUUGCCACAGAUAGGUGCGAAAAAGUUGCGAGGGGGCAUAAAAUUGGUGAAAAAUUGAGAGAUUACGAACCUUGAUGGAAAAGCGUGGAGAAAAGUGAAAAAGACACUCCGAAAACGCGACGGGGGAACGUCUCUGCACAUUCUCGAGGGGUGCGGCGAGAGACGUGGCAGAUGUAAGAGACGGGCGCGCCGAGAGGGGUAGGCGCGAGAGAGCGCCCAGAGAACAUCACGAUAAACUGUAGUGCUUCCGAAUCCUCGCAAGUCGCUUAAUUUUUAAUAGACACUCCAAGAACCUGAACUAAAAGUUCAUGAUUUGAUUUGCAGGCAGCCAUGGCCCGACAGGCAUACAGAGGAGCAAUGAGCGCUCGCACAGAUCGUGGGAGGAACACUCGCGGAGAAAGAAGUGGGAGUACAGAAGUCUCCGGAAGAGAGCGAAAACGAAAGCGAGAAAAGUGUUGGAGAGUUAAGCCAAGCAGAAAUCACGGAGAUACGCAAAAAGUUGGCAGCGAUAGCUCUGACUACGACGGCGAGCUCGAACGAACUAAGGAAGCUUCAAAAAGAGCAGGGCCAGUUGGCGGCGACGUUGCGAUCAGAGGUGAAAAACGAAGAGGUGGUCGUCGCGCUCAAUGCGCUCACCAAAGCUAUCGUCGGAUUGACGAAUUCGAUGGAAUGAAAGAUGGGCGUGAUUGAGAAGGUGUGCAGAGACUCCACGAAAGCAACGGACUUUCACGCGGACGCUGCGAAGCACUUGGAAAUGCGAGUUCGGGCGGCAAUAAGACAGCUAGAAAGCACCCACAGCCUAGUGGUCAGCAAGGCCUUCCAGACGAGGACCACGUUCGGAAGCCAGGCGUUGCAUCCAGGAGAGCCAACGAGGAAAAGAGCGGCGGGCUGGGAAGUAAAGAAUCCAGGUCUGCGAUGUUGUUUCUGUGAUGGAGGCCACAUCAGUGAGCAUUGCGAGAACUAUUCGGACUGGGAGACGCGCCGGGAGCAACUUCUGAAGAAGAAGAUUUGCGACCGAUGCACUCGACCAGCUGCCCCCGUGAGAUGCGAAAAAGCUCGAAGGCGGUGCCAGUACUGUAGAGAAGUCCAUCACAACGCCUGCGCAGAAAGACGUUCCCAGUGAGAACGGGAAAAAAGGAGGUGAGAGAAAAUGAGUGGAGAAACGAAAAUGAGAACUGUAUGAUUACAGAUCACAGUUAUCACGCGGAACCGUGCCUGGAAAAACAGAGAAGUGACGGGAAAACCCAGGUGAGAGGAGUGAAAAGAGUGGGACGGCCUGAAAAAGAACUGUAACCUUACAGCUGCUCGAUCCACUUCAGCUAUUGAAGAGAGAGGACGAGGAGAUGGAAACGGACGAUCGCGCCGAGCAGGCGCCGGUCGAAAUAGAGGAGAAGGCUGGGCCGGAGAAGCCAGGAAGAGAAGCGGAAGCCGGCAAGGAGGACGACCGCGAGUGA